AUGCGGAGAAGGGCCCUGCUCAGGAAAGCCAGCUCCUUGCCCCCGACCACGGCCCACAUCCUCAGUGCCCUGCUUGAGUCCCGGGUCAGCCUGCCCCAGUACCCGCCCACUGCCCUGGACUACAAGCGCUACCUCAAGGAACACAACGAGCGCCAGUUCUUCCUGGAGCUGGUCAAGGACAUCUCCAACGACUUGGACCUCACCAGCCUCAGCUACAAGAUCCUCAUCUUCGUCUGCCUCAUGGUGGAGGCUGACCGGAGCUCGCUCUUCUUGGUGGAGGGAGCCGCGGCGGGCAAGAAGAGCCUGGUGUCCAAGUUCUUUGACGUGCACGCGGGCACCCCACUCCUGCCCUGCUGCAGCACCGAGAACUCCAAUGAGGUGCAGGUGCCCUGGGGCAAGGGCAUCAUCGGCUACGUGGCGGAGCACGGGGAGACAGUCAACAUCCCAGACGCUUACCAGGAUCGUCGCUUUAAUGAUGAGAUUGACAAACUGACUGGAUACAAGACAAAGUCAUUGUUGUGCAUGCCCAUAAGAAACAAUGAUGGAGAGAUUAUUGGUGUUGCCCAAGCAAUAAAUAAAACUCCUGGAGGUGCUCCUUUUACUGACGACGAUGAAAAAGCUUUGCUGGAGGUAGUUAAUGACCUCUUUGAGGAACAGACAGACUUAGAGAAAAUUGUUAAGAAAAUCAUGCAUCGAGCCCAGACUCUGUUGAAGUGUGAACGAUGCUCAGUGUUACUCCUGGAAGACAUUGAAUCACCAGUGGUGAAGUUUACAAAAUCCUUUGAGUUGCUGUCUCCAAAAUGCAGUGCUGAUGCUGAGAACAGUUUCAAAGACAGUAUGGAGAAAUCAUCAUCUUAUUCUGACUGGCUAAUAAAUAAUAGCAUUGCUGAGCUAGUAGCUUCCACGGGUCUUCCAGUGAACAUCAGUGAUGCAUAUCAGGAUCCUCGCUUUGAUGCUGAAGCUGACCAGUUUUCUGGCUUUCACAUAAGGUCUGUUCUUUGUGUUCCUAUAUGGAAUAGCAACCACCAAAUAAUUGGGGUAGCUCAAGUGUUGAACAGGCUUGAUGGGAAACCCUUUGAUGAUGCUGAUCAGCGAUUAUUUGAGGCUUUUGUUAUUUUUUGUGGCCUGGGCAUCAACAACACAAUAAUGUAUGACCAAGUGAAGAAAUCUUGGGCAAAGCAAUCCGUGGCUCUUGAUGUGCUGUCCUACCAUGCAACAUGUUCAAAGGCAGAAGUUGACAAAUUUAAGGGAGCAAACAUACCACUGGUGUCAGAGCUUGGCAUUGACGAUAUCCAUUUUGAUGACUUUUCACUCGAUGUGGAUGCCAUGAUUACUGCAGCCCUCCGGAUGUUCAUGGAACUUGGAAUGGUUCAGAAAUUUAAAAUUGACUAUGAGACACUGUGUAGGUGGCUUUUGACAGUUAGGAAGAAUUAUCGAAUGGUUCUGUAUCACAACUGGAGGCAUGCUUUCAAUGUGUGCCAGCUAAUGUUUGCAAUGUUAACUACAGCAGGAUUUCAGGAGAUUCUGACUGAAAUUGAAAUUUUAGCUUUGAUUGUGGGAUGUUUAUGUCACGACCUUGACCACAGGGGAACCAACAAUGCCUUCCAAGCCAAGAGCGGAUCAGCUUUGGCUCAACUUUAUGGAACUUCUGCAACUUUGGAGCACCAUCAUUUUAAUCAUGCUGUCAUGAUUCUUCAAAGCGAGGGUCACAACAUCUUUGCUAACUUGUCCUCCAAGGAGUACAGCGACCUUAUGCAGCUUCUGAAGCAGUCAAUAUUGGCAACAGAUCUCACUCUGUAUUUUGAGAGAAGGACUGAGUUUUUUGAACUUGUUAGUAAAGGCAAUUACAAUUGGAACGUCAAAAGCCAUCGAGAAAUAUUUCGAUCAAUGCUAAUGACAGCCUGUGACCUCGGAGCUGUGACCAAACCGUGGGAGAUUUCAAGACAGGCAACUGAAUUGGUAACCAGCGAGUUCUUUGAACAAGGAGACAGAGAGAGGUCUGAACUCAAGCUCACUCCUUCAGCUAUUUUUGAUCGGAACAGGAAAGAUGAACUACCCAGGUUGCAGUUGGAAUGGAUUGAUAGCAUCUGCAUGCCUCUGUAUCAGUCUCUAGUGAAGGUGAAUGUGAAACUGAAGCCCAUGUUGGACUCUGUGGCAGUGAACAGGGGUAAAUGGGAGGAGCUGCACCAGAAAACACUUCUCUCCCAGACAGUACCCUCCUCCUCAUCUUCCAGCUUUACUUUGUCUCUUGAAGACAUACAUUAAGCCUGCAAACGUCAGCUGCUGUUAUGAUGACAGAUGUCUGAAAGGCAGAGUUGUAAGCUUAGUCACAUCAUUUUUAAAAAAUGCUUCCACAGACAUGAUUAAUUGAUUGGAUAUAAUUUUGCUGGCCAUGGCUUUUACGUAGGAGUUCAGUUGGUCUGAAAAGAAGGCCUGUAAUAAGAUGAUGCUGAUAUCUGGAGUCACAUGGAAGAUACAGCACAAGAAGUAGUCAUUCAGCUCCACCACAUUUCAA